GAAGUGGGCGAGGGGACCUGUCAGCUCCUACCCCGGGCCUGUGCGCUCGCGGCGCCGCGGGGUCGAGGGUUUCCUCAGAGACCAGCAGGGGGCGGGGUCACGGAGAAGCUAGCUGCCACUCACACAGCAGCCUCCGCCCUGUCCGGGCUGUCGCCGCCCCUCCCUUUGCCCUUCACCGCGCCCGGGCCUCCUUGUUUGGGGCUCCUUUCUGCAGCUAGGCAGCUUGCCCUCCCCUUUUUGCUUGCUUCCCGACCCCUCCCCCAACUCUGACACCAGAGUCGCGGUUCCUGCAGUGUUCCCGAAGCCGCACGUAUAACUCGCUGGGUGGAUAACGCAUUCGAUUUCAGAGUCCUUCUAAUUCCUCUGAAUGAUUUCAAAUUCUCCAGUAGCCAAAAUGGGACACAGUAAACAGAUUAGAAUUCUACUUCUGAACGAAAUGGAAAAGCUGGAAAAGACCCUCUUCAGACUUGAACAAGGGUUUGAGCUACAGUUCCGACUAGGCCCAACUUUACAGGGAAAAGCAGUUACUGUGUAUACAAAUUACCCACUUCCUGGAGAAACAUUUAAUCGAGAAAAAUUCCAUUCCCUGGAAUGGGAAAAUCCAGUAGAAAAAGAAGAUGAUUCUGAUAAAUACUGUAAACUUAAUCUUCAACAAGCUGGAUCAUUUCAAUAUUACUUCCUUCAAGGAAAUGAGAAAAGUGGUGGGGGUUACAUAGUUGUGGAUCCUAUUUUACAUGUUGGUGCUGACGACCACGUGUUACCCCUGGACUGUGUUACUCUUCAGACAUUUUUAGCUAAGUGUUUGGGACCCUUUGAUGAAUGGGAGAGCAGACUUAGAGUUGCAAAAGAAUCAGGUUACAACAUGAUUCAUUUUACACCCUUGCAGACCCUUGGACUAUCUAGGUCAUGCUAUUCCCUUGCUGACCAGUUAGAAUUAAAUCCUGACUUUUCAAGACCUAAUAAAAACUAUACCUGGAAUGAUGUUGGACAGCUUGUGGAAAAAUUUAAAAAGAAAUGGAAUAUUCUUUGUAUUACUGAUGUUGUCUACAAUCAUACUGCUGCUAAUGGUAAAUGGAUACAGGAACAUCCAGAAUGUGCAUAUAACCUUGUGAAUUCUCCACACUUAAAACCUGCAUGGAUCUUAGACAGAGCACUUUGGCAUUUGUCCUGUGAUAUUGCACAAGGGAAAUACAAAGAAAAAGGAGUACCUGCUUCGGUUGAAAAUGAUCAUCAAAUGAAUUGCAUUCGAAAAAUAAUUUGGGAAGAUAUUUUUCCAAAGGUUCGACUCUGGGAAUUUUUCCAAGUAAAUGUUCACAAAGCAGUAGAACAAUUUAGAGCACUUCUUACACAAGAAAAUAGGAAAAUAGCAACUAAGCCUGAUCCAAAGCAACACCUUAAGAUUAUUCAGGAUCCUGAAUAUAGACGGCUUGGCUGUACUGUAGAUAUGAACAUUGCACUAGCAACUUUCAUACCACAUGAUAACGGACCAGCUGCAAUUGAUGAAUGCUGUAAUUGGUUCUGUAAGAGAAUUGAGGAAUUAAAUUCAGAGAAGCAUCAACUCAUAAACUGUCAUCAUGAACAGGCAGUCAAUUGCAUUUUGGGAAAUGUGUUUUAUGAACGACUGGCUGGCCAUGGUCCUAAACUAGGACCUGUCACUAGAAAACAUCCUUUAGUUACCAGAUAUUUUACUUUCCCAUUUGAGAAAAUGACCCUCUCUGCAGAAGAAGCUAUGAUUCAUCUUCCAAAUAAAGCUUGUUUUCUGAUGGCAUAUAAUGGAUGGGUAAUGGGAGAUGAUCCCCUUCGAAACUUUGCUGAACCAGGUUCAGAAGUUUAUCUAAGGAGAGAACUUAUUUGCUGGGGAGACAGUGUUAAAUUACGCUAUGGGAAUAAACCAGAGGACUGUCCUUAUCUCUGGGCACACAUGAAAAAAUACACUGAAAUAACUGCGACUUAUUUCCAAGGAGUACGUCUUGAUAACUGCCACUCAACACCUCUUCAUGUAGCUGAGUACAUGUUGGAUGCUGCUAGGAAAUUGCAACCCAAUUUAUAUGUAGUAGCUGAACUGUUCACAGGAAGUGAAGACCUGGACAAUAUCUUUGUUACUAGACUGGGCAUUAGUUCCUUAAUAAGAGAGGCAAUGAGUGCAAAUAAUAGUCAUGAAGAGGGCAGAUUAGUUUAUCGAUAUGGAGGCGAACCUGUUGGAUCCUUUGUUCAGCCCUGUUUGAGACCUUUGAUGCCAGCUAUUGCACAUGCCCUGUUUAUGGAUAUUACCCAUGAUAAUGAGUGUCCUAUUGUGCACAGGUCAGAAUAUGAUGCUCUUCCAAGUUCCACAGUUGUCUCUAUGGCCUGCUGUGCCAGUGGAAGUACUAAAGGCUAUGAUGAAUUAGUGCCACAUCAGAUUUCAGUGGUUUCUGAAGAACGGUUUUACACUAAGUGGAAUCCUGCAGCAUUGCCAUCAGAUACAGGUGAAGUUAAUUUCCAAAGUGGAAUUAUUGCAGCCAGGUGUGCUAUCAAUAAACUUCAUCAAGAGCUGGGGGCCAAGGGUUUUAUUCAGGUUUAUGUGGAUCAGGUUGAUGAGGACAUAGUAGCAGUAACAAGACACUCACCUAGUAUCCAUCAGUCUAUUGUGUCUGUGUCUAGAACUGCUUUCAGGAAUCCCAAGACUUCAUUUUACAGCAAGGAAGUGCCUCAAAUGUGCAUCCCUGGCAAAAUUGAUGAAGUAGUUCUUGAAGCCAGAACUAUUGAAAGAAACACAGAUCCUUAUAAGAAGGAUGAGAAUUCAAUAAAUGGAAUGCCAAAUAUCACAGUAGAUAUUAGAGAACACAUCCAGCUUAAUGAAAGUAAAAUUGUUAAACAAGCUGGGGUUGCCACAAAAGGACCCAAUGAAUAUAUUCAAGAAAUAGAAUUUGAAAACUUAUCUCCAGGAAGUGUUAUUAUAUUCAGAGUUAGUCUUGACCCACAUGCCCAAGUCGCUGUUGGAAUUCUUCGAAAUCAUCUGACACAGUUCAGUCCUCACUUUAAAUCUGGGAGCCUUGCUGUUGACAACUCAGAUCCUAUAUUGAAAAUUCCUUUUGCUUUUAUUGCCUCUAAAUUAACUUUGGCUGAGCUGAAUCAGGUACUUUACCGAAGUGAAUCAGAAGAACGAGAAGAUGGUGGAGGGUGUUAUGACAUACCAAACUGGUCAUCUCUGAAAUAUGCGGGUCUUCAAGGAUUAAUGUCCAUACUGGCAGAAAUAAGACCAAGGAAUGACUUGGGACAUCCCUUUUGUGAUAAUUUGAGAUCUGGAGAUUGGAUGAUUGACUAUGUCAGUAACCGGCUUAUUUCACGAUCAGGAAAUAUUGCUGAAGUUGGUAAAUGGUUGCAGGCUAUGUUCUUCUACCUGAAGCAGAUCCCGCGUUAUCUUAUCCCUUGUUAUUUCGAUGCUAUAUUAAUUGGUGCAUACACCACUCUCCUGGAUAUAGCAUGGAAGCAGAUGUCAAGCUUUGUUCAGAAUGGGUCUACCUUUGUGAAACAUCUUUCACUGGGUUCAGUCCAAAUGUGUGGAGUGGGAAAGUUCUCUUCUCUGCCACAUCUUUCACCUUCACUUACGGAUAUACCAUAUAGGCUAAAUGAGAUCACAAAAGAAAAGGAGCAAUGUUGUGUGUCUCUAGCUGCAGGCUUACCUCAUUUUUCUUCUGGUAUUUUCCGCUGCUGGGGAAGAGAUACUUUUAUUGCACUUAGAGGUCUACUGCUGAUCACUGGACGCUAUUUAGAGGCCAGGAAUAUUAUUUUAGCAUUUGCUGGUACCCUGAGACAUGGUCUUAUUCCUAAUCUCCUGGGUGAAGGAACUCAUGCCAGAUACAAUUGCCGGGAUGCUGUGUGGUGGUGGCUACAGUGUAUUCAGGAUUACUGUAAAAUGGUUCCAAAUGGCUUAGACAUUCUCAAGUGCCCAGUUUCCAGAAUGUAUCCUACAGAUGAUUCUGUUCCUUUGUCUGCCGGCACACUGGAUCAACCAUUGUUUGAAGUGGUACAGGAAGUUAUGCAAAGACAUAUGCAGGGCAUACAGUUCCGAGAAAGAAAUGCUGGUCCACAGAUAGAUCGAAACAUGAAGGAUGAAGGUUUUAAUAUAACUGCAGGGGUUGAUGAAGAAACAGGAUUUGUUUAUGGAGGAAAUCGUUUAAAUUGUGGCACAUGGAUGGAUAAAAUGGGAGAAAGUGACAGGGCUAGAAACAGAGGAAUCCCAGCUACUCCAAGAGAUGGAUCUGCUGUAGAAAUUGUGGGCCUGAGUAAAUCUGCCAUCCGUUGGUUGCUGGAAUUAUCAAAAAAAAAUAUUUUUCCUUAUCAUGAAGUCACAGUAAAAAGACAUGGAAAGGUUGUGACAGUCUCAUAUGAUGAAUGGAACAGAAAAAUUCAAGACCACUUUGAAAAACUGUUUUAUGUGUCAGAAGACCCUUCAGAUGUGAAUGAAAAGCAUCCUAAUCUGGUUCACAAACGGGGCAUAUACAAAGAUAGUUACGGGGCUUCGAGCCCUUGGUGUGACUACCAGCUCAGGCCUAAUUUUACCAUAGCAAUGGUUGUAGCCCCUGAGCUCUUUACUGCAGAAAAAGCAUGGAAAGCUUUGGAGACUGCAGAAAAAAAACUGCUUGGUCCCCUUGGCAUGAAAACUUUGGAUCCAGAUGAUAUGGUUUACUGUGGAAUUUAUGACAAUGCCUUAGACAAUGACAACUACAAUCUUGCUAAAGGUUUCAAUUAUCACCAAGGACCUGAGUGGCUAUGGCUCAUUGGGUAUUUUCUUCGAGCAAAAUUAUAUUUUUCCAAGUUGAUGGGUCCAGAGACCACUGCAAAGACUGUACAUUUGGUUAAAAAUGUUCUUUCCCGACAUUAUGUUCAUCUUGAGAGGUCCCCUUGGAAAGGACUUCCGGAACUGACCAAUGAAAAUGGCCAAUAUUGCCCUUUCAGCUGUGAAACACAAGCCUGGUCAAUUGCUGCUAUUCUUGAAACUCUUUAUGACUUAUAGUUGAUUCAUGGAUUUAUCAAAUAGGCAGUCACUUGUAUUAUGGAAUUCAAGUCCAUAAUAUGAUGUAAAUGCUUUGUAUGCACAGGUUCCAGUCAUUUAAAAAAUCUCAUUCAUAUAACACUUAUGCCCAAUUAGUUUUUGUCCGAAGAAAACACGUAAAUUAGAUCAUUAUGCUUUCAGCUGAAAGAAAAUAGUUGCAAAAACCCUUUCAUUGCUUUUUAAUAUUACUCAGUGGUGUAUUUAUUAACAAAAUAAUGGGUAAGUAAUACUUUUCUCAGUUAAAGUUCAACCCAACCACCUUAACUAUUACUAAGAAAUAAAAAUAAAGUAGAAAAACAAGUAAACCACAACUUCUGAAUAGGAAAAAUAUAUAAAUGCUUCAGAUUCAAAUACCCAUGCUCAAAAGCUCAUGCAAUUUACUGUAAGCUUACCUGCACAUCCUUCCUCCAAGCUCACCUUACUUCAGAAUAGUUUUAACUAGUUUAUUUUUCUGGUUUCACAACCUAAAGCAGAUUAAAUCCUACAAAUUUAAGAACAGUUGUGAUAGUAAUCUGACCACUAUCUAUACAUGCGUUAGUUUCCAAUUUCCCUUCCUUCUUCAUUGCUCGAUGUAUACAUAACCUUCUUUAACCUGUGUGGUUAAAAGGAAUGACCUUUAACAGAGGGAACCAUUAGCCGUGAAAGGUUUAUGUAGUUAUAUUGUGCUACUUUAUUGAAGGUGGUAACAAAGGUAACCAAAAACCAGUAAAUGAAAACCAUAUUCAAUGAAAGCAAGAAGUAGUAACUGAAAGUUAAAUGUGAUAAAUAAAUUAAUAAUAAAUAAAUAAAUAACAUGAAUGUCUAAAACAUGGCCAGCCGUAUUGGGUUACAUGUAGUAGGGCAAAUACCCACCUCAGUAACUUUUUAAGAUAUUGUGUUGCACUAGAAAAUUAAGCAUUUCAUAUUCCCAAUAAGGAAUAUUAAUGAAAGAACAUUGUUAUAAUCUGCAUGGUCUAUUUUAAAGUUUAAGAAGGCAUGUUACACAUUAUUUCAUGAAUGAUAGUUAUAACAGUUUUAACCUUUGGAGGGAUAAAUGUCAUUUGACUGAAGCACAUUUAAAUAGAAUACUUCAUUCCUGAGUUAUUUUGGGUGAGAUGCCAUUAUAUUACAUUUUGACAAUCUUAGGCUAACAUGAGAAGUAAGUUUGCCAGUUUUACCAGUAUGCUGUGAUAAUUUGAUAAGUUUCAGAGAUAAUUGAGGAAACAAGAGCUGUCAUCCCAUCUUUGAACAUUAUAACCUAUGUGAACUGUAAUCCAUUUCUAGUAUUUCUUCAACUGUUCUCUCUAGUAAGCAAAUGUAAUUUUUAUGUCUGUAUGCCAAGAAAUAAAAAUCUUUUCUAAAGGCCCA